AUGACUGCCACGGAGAACGGCAAUGGCGCAGCGGGUGGCGCCUCGAACGGCUCCUCGAACAGGGCGCAAACCGGCGGCGUACACGAUCUUGCACUCGCCUCGUUAGCCAUCCACGCCGAUGAUGGUUUUAGCAUCCACCGCGCUGUGGCGCCCGCGAUGCAUGUGUCCACGACGUAUCGAUACUCGAGGAAUCCGGAAGACCUGAUCCCCAUGGAGAACAUUGAUCCUAACGCCCCCGCCGACUCCCACAUGUACUCCCGCCUCUCCUCGCCCAACAUCUCCCGCCUCGAAACCCUUCUAACAGCCAUCCUCCACGGCCCCUCACUUACCUACUCCUCCGGCCUCUCCGCCUUCCACGCCAUGAUCGUCCACCUCAACCCGCGCCGCGUCGCCAUAGGCGAAGGCUACCACGGCUGCCACGGCGUCCUCAAGAUCCUAACCCGCCUCACGGGCCUCGAAGUCCUGCCUCUCGACUGCCCCGCCUCCGACCUCGGACCCGGCGACAUCAUCCACGUCGAGACGCCUCUCAACCCCACGGGCGAAGCGCGCGAUCUGGAAUUCUACUCCCGCAAGGCCAAGGAAGUCGGCGCCUACCUUACCGUCGACGCCACCUUUGCGCCCCCGCCCCUGCAGGACCCGUUCCUGCAUGGCGCAGAUAUCGUCAUGCAUAGCGGCACCAAGUAUUUCGGUGGCCACUCCGAUCUCCUUUGCGGUGUGCUCGCCGUGAACCCUAAGCGCGCUGCUGAAGAAGGCUGGGACUCGGCCCUCCUCGCCGAUCGCGUCUUCCUGGGCUCCGUCAUGGGCAACUUCGAAGGCUGGCUUGGCCUCCGAAGCCUGCGCACCCUCGAACUCCGCGUCGAGCGCCAGAGCGCCAACGCCACGAACCUCGUCGCCUGGCUCGCCGCCCAAGUCGCCGACGAGUCCACCACGGCGUCUAAGCUCGUCGAGCGCGUCCAGCACGCGAGUCUACAGAAGGAAGCUAGCGAGAAGGGCUCCUGGCUGAGGAAGCAGAUGCCUCGCGGCUUCGGCCCCGUCUUCUCCAUCUGGCUGCGCGAGGAGGGCGACGCUAGGGCGCUGCCGAGCACGUUGCGCUUGUUCCACCAUGCUACGAGUCUUGGGGGUGUGGAGAGCUUGAUUGAGUGGCGCGCUAUGACGGACGCGACGGUUGAUAGGAGGUUGUUGAGGGUGAGUGUGGGGGUUGAGUCUUGGGAGGAUUUGAGGGAUGAUUUGAACGCUGGGUUCGAGGCCCUUUUGGCGAAGAAGAAGGCUUAG